AUGAUGCGAUGGAUGCUCGGAGUAACAUUGCUCGACAAAAGAAGAAACUCCUGGCUCUAUGAAAAGUUGAAGCUACGCGAAGUUCGGUCGGAAGCUGUGAAGAGAAAAUGGCUUUUCGCAAAGAAGAUCGCUACGGGAGAAGACACAUGGGCGAAGAAAAUCGUGGAAUGGCAUCCAUGGGCGAAAACUCGCGAAGUUGGACGACCUAAACCUCGUUGGCGAGAUGACCUACGAGCAGUUCUUGGUGUUAUGAAUUAAUUAUAGGGUUGUAUGUCGGUUCGCAAAAUUUUCCUGAAGGUUAUAUAGAUCCAACAAGUUCAUGAAAGGCGUGAAACCACGUUUAUAAAUGUGUUCUAUCAGACUUGGAAGUUACUGUACUCGAAGAAUCUUCAAAUUCCUUCUUUGACCAAAAGAUCAUUUGACCUGGGGGACCGCGAAACGUUUUUUCUUUGGCACCCAUUUCCACUUAUUUCUUUCGUUUCUUAUUCUUGGAAUAAUAUAUUUCAUUUUUCAUGUUUAUUUCAUUAUCAAAUAUGAUGUGAAAGCAUUUUUCUUAUAGUUUAUAACAGAACUUAAAAAUUUUUUUCUAACGGAAUCUUGACGACAAAUUUUUGAUUUGAUAUUAAACUUAAAUUUUGUAAAAAAACUGAUUCUAAGAACUUACGAAUCAAUAAAACAAGUCUUGUGGUUUGAAAAAAUCAAAACAAUUGGUGGAAGAGAAGGAAUAAUCUGUAUUAAUCGCCAAAUAUUCUCUUCGCGGCGGGGUUCAAAAAAAUUUAGCACAAGGUCCUUUAAUAAAUAAGAAACCCGCAUUUUAUGCUCAAUUAAAUUUUUUUUUAAUGCCGUGUUCAAUUUGAUUCCGCGAAAUGCAAAAUGAUCUCUGACUCUCCAAAAUCUAGUGAUCUUUUCCUUUCUCUGACGGGUAUUUUGCAUUUCGCGGAUUCAAAUUGAACACGGCAUAAUGUCGUGCUCAAGUAUAUUCCGUGGAAUAAAAAUUAUCACCCAUGUUUUUUUCACCAUCUAACGGCUAUUUGGUAUUUUGCGAAAUCAGUUUGAACAAGGCAUUAUAGCCCGUUCACGGCUUGCUUGGGACAGUGAACGGGCGGUUUUACUUGCGCGGCGAUGGUAGAUCAUGGCGGUCAAAUAUGCGCCUUUAAUAAGAGCCUCAUUUGGUGAAUUAUUUCUAUUUCUAUUGAGUUUAUUUUGUUAAAAUUCAUUUCAAUGGUUUUUAGAUUUUCUUAAAUCGUCGAAUAAUCAGAGAAAAAUAAAUAAGUCAUAAAAUAGGGCUUUGAUGGAAGGCGCAUAUUUGACCGCCAUGAUCUACCUUCGCCGCGAAAAUCAAACCGCCCGUUCGCUGUCCCAAGCUAGCUGUGAACGGGCUAUAAUUCUAUAGCUGAAUUCACGGCUUGCUUGAACCAUCGAAAAAAAUAGUCCUGACACGAUAAUGCACGAGACAGCGCCUGGCUCGUGGAGAGCGCAGACAGGACACGCCCCCUUAGAGUCCCAAGCUGGCCGUGAAUCAGCUAUAUAAAAUAUCGGAAUUUCCUUUUUAGAUUUUUUUUUUCAGGAAGGGUUACAUGGGGAAACUAACAUUUUUUUAUUUAUAUUUACAAUUUCAUUAACAGGUUAGUUUUUUUCUUCUUCUUCUAUGAGUAAAUCUUUUUAGUUAUUCAAUCAUAUCAGUCCCCAUGUAAGCCUGAGUUCAGUGGAAACUUACCAAUAUCACCGUGCAGCAGAGAGGUUCAAUUAAAUAGGUUAUUGCGUCUCUAAAAUAUCGUUUCAGUACUCGAUCUGCGUAAACGGAGUUCAUCAAAGAGGACAAUGCAGUGAGGGUCACGUUUUUCAUGACGGUCGCUGUUUACUAGAGGAGGAGUCAGCAGAAUGCUCGAUUUCUUCAAAGUUCGGUAGGUCUUUAAAAAAAAAUUUAUGGGAAUCUCUCGAGUUAUAAUCUGCCCAUAUCUUGUAAGAAGAGGAAAAAAUUAUGCGAUUCAUUAUAUUUUUUACAAAAUAUGUGGGUUUUUUUCCAGACUGCUCUGGUCGAGAAGAUGGCGUGUACACUUUGGGCUGUCUCAAUCAUUACAUCACUUGUGUCGCUGAGCGGUCGAUUAGUAUGAAAUGUCCUGUUGGGCUUUUAUAUGUCGAAUCGGCGAAUGCUUGUUUGGAGUCUUGUGAUGCCACUCUUCCAACUAGCAUCGAUAAAGAUUCAGAGUUGUCCCGCGAUGACAGUUACGAGCCAGGAUCAGAGAAUGGUUUUUUUUAAAAUUUUUUACUAUUUACAUGAAGAAUAUAAUAUCUGGCAUAUAAAAUCAGUGAAAAAAAGAUGAGCAUCUAUAAAGUCAAGCUUACAACUUAAAAGCACCUUCAGAGCCCUUUUAGUUUUUCUUUCACAGUUUUAAGGUUUUUUCAGCGCUUUUUGAUUGUUCUGGCUUGCCCGAUGGGCUUCAUGCAUCUGGUUGCUCAAGAUUUUACUUUCACUGCUCUAACGGAGAUACAUUCACAAUGUACUGUCCUGAAUCUCUGGUCUUCAGCCCCAACACUGGUUAAUUUGAGAAAUAGUUAUUUUUCCAUAAUCCUGAUAUAAAAAAAUUUCUAGGAAAUUGCGAUCGCACCUGUGAUAGUACAACGGAAUACCCAGCUUCAGAUGUCUCAUCAGAAGUUCCAUAUGUUCAGACGUCGACGCUUUCUCUCGAUGAAAGUACUACUACGACUGCUAUCCUUCUAGAAAAUACUUCUCAGCAAGUUAGUUUUUGUUGAUCAUCAACAACUCUAGCUGCCUGCGUUCCUACAUAAUUUGUGUACCUAAAAUUAAAAAAAAUUUUCUAAGGCUUGCACGAACGGAGUCGUUUCACCUAUCGGAAAAUGCUCCUCGAAGUUUGUGCGAUGUCGAGAUAACGUUUUGGAAGAAGUCCAGUGUCCGAGCAAUACUGUUUUCGACACUGAUGUUCUUUUGUGCGUUUACGAAUUGCCGGAAUGCAUGGUUAGACAUUGAAGUUUUUCUCAAUUCAGGUUUUUUUUUCAGAUCUACAACGACGUUACGGGAUCAUACUCGCCAUCAGUGAACUACCUAGAGAGCCCUUUCGACACGCCUCGAAAGCGGGAUUACGAAAAACCUUUAGUUUAUUCAAAAAAUCCGUAUGCGCGGGAUCAGACCGCUCUGGACAAUCCAUUUUUUGUUCACUCGGGAGGAUACAGAAGUCAACGUUAUGAUUCAGAGAGAGGUUUUUUUUUGUUCUUUAAUACUCAUCAGCUCCAUUAACCUCACAGUUUGAUCGAAACAAUUUUCUCGAGAUAAUAAAUACACUAUAGGUUCAUUAAUCAAAGGUUUACAUUCAUUGGAAUCACAUGGAUUGAAAAAUAGUAAUUGAGAAUUUAAAAAAAUUAACACGACUGCGAGUCCUCUUCCCUUCGUCCCCACAAGUUCCGAACACGUAUUUCCCUACAUUUUUCCUACAUCUAUUCCGUGAAUUUAUGUAUGAGAAAUAAAACAUUUGAUCGAUUGUUCAAGUGAUCUAUGAAAAACUCAAAAAAGGGCUUUUUUGUUAAUUUUUCCUCUAGUUGAAAGGCGAGGGAGUAGAGAAGAAGGCGGGACGCGUAGCGUGUGCGUAUGCGGUUCAUGGCCCGAGUUCAAUUCAACCGCCAGAGACUAUUUGGAGAGCUCGUUCAUCGCUUUUUUGUUUAUUUUUGUUCAAGUAUUUAUUUAUUCUUUCAUUUUUGCGCUUCAAAGAUAGCAGAAUGGAUACGGAACGAGCGGUGACCGAGAUUUUUGAAUAGUCGCUUGAGUUGAACUUGUGUGAAGGACCGCGUACGCGUCUUGCACACUUCUCUUCCUCCAUCGCUUUUCAAGUCGGGACGGAUCGACUAUAAUCUGUUUUUUUUUUCAAAAUUUCUUUUGAUCAGUUUGGUGGAUCAGGGCUUGAAGUCAAAACUGAAUUUAAUAAAAAAAAAAUUAUGUAACAUAUUAACUUUUUUUUAUUCAGCUGUGCAAUCUCCUUUCUCAGUUUCUGACAGAGGUUCGCGCCUCAUCGAAAAUGAUUUCGCCGACGCACAAGGUUAUCUUUUACGAUUACUUUCAGAAAUUGAGGUUUCAGGUGUCCGCAGGGGCAAACUCCCUCAUGGAAAGAAGCAUAAGGUGUCGAACGGAGGUUUCGCUUAUGUUGAAGACGAGUUCCGCUCUUCGCGGCCGGGCUAUGGUGCCAAAAUCUACAAUAAAUACUCGAAGUUUUUAAUAUUUUCGCAUCUUUUUUUUUAUAUCAAGUUUAAGAUCUAACGACGAAUACGAGCAAAUACAAUCAGAGGAACCAGUCUGGUCCAACGAAGUUUCUAAGUCUGCGAUUGAAGAAGACAUUUCGAACGACAGCUUGAACGAAUUGAAUCAGAAUUCUCUCAUCCAGAGCAAAAGCGCGGUUUUGGAUGUAGAAGGCUCUGGCGAAGAAAUCCACCGACGCAAACGCCGAAGCUACAACUACAACGAUUCCCCACGUCCAUAUCGCCAUACAUACGUGAUUAAUCCUUAUUAUUACAUUUCAUAUUUUGUUUGUUUCAGGCUCACGUGUGUAGAUCAUCUGGACGUGCCGUGGCUAUUGGCCUGGGACAAUGUCGACAAGAUUUCGUCUACUGCUCUGUUUAUGGUUGGGGAAAGGUGCCUUUUUUGUAUUUCUCUCACUAGUCAACUGAAAUAGUCGCAGCGCAAUUUGCAGCGCUUUUUUGAUUUUUUUUUUUUUUGAACGAGUUCCAUCGCUUUAGUUUAGGCGAAACUGAUUACUUCGAAUAAAAAAUUUUAAUGGAAAAUUCGGUUGAUUGACAUCCUUGGUUUCCAAUUGGACAAUGAUUGAUAUAGCCUAUUGCGCGCCAGCUUGUCACGUUUUUCUUUCCUACAAAAAAUCGUAUACCCAAUCAGAUUAAAUUUGACCAACUUCGCUUCACGAAAUUUGGUUUUUGUUUUUUUUUUAAAUUUUUUUGCAGUUUUGGAGAUUUCCGAGCGAGGCGGUCACGUUUUUGUAGAAAAGCAGAAAGAAGGCUAUAGCCCGAUCACGGCUGGCUUGGGACAGCGAACAGGCGGUUUAAUUUUCGCGGCGGUAGAUCAUGGAGACUAUCGAUGCGCCUUCCACAAAAUGCUGAUUUUAUGACUUAUUUCUUUUUAUUUUGUAUUCCGUUGAUUGAAAGAAAAUCUGAAAACUAAUAAAAUUAAUGUAAACGAAAAAGUACAUUUAAUUGAAACAAAAGUAAUUCAUCAAAGGAGGCUCUUAUUGAAGGUGCAUGUAUGGCCGUCAUGAUCUACCAUCGCCGCGAAAGUUAAACCGCCCGUUCGCUGUCCCAAGCCAGCCGUGAACGGGCUAUACACUGAAAACAACUUUCUUAGCAAUUCUGCUUUUAAAACAGCAAGAAACAGGCCUUGAAACGAAGUUAGUCAAAGUUGAUCUGGCCUUUUGGCGGAAAGAUAAACGUGACAAGCUGGCGCAGAAUGGUCUAUAUCCCGGGAACGUGAAAUCAUGUCACUGAAUCUGAUAAGGGUAGUAAAAAAAAUUUAGAUGUUAAAAUUUAAUGUACAAAAAGCUCUAGCACGAUAGUGGCUCGGUAGACGCUUGUCCAACUCUCACGUUGACGGCUUAAUUGCUAUUAGAACGUUUUCUGUAAUUCUCUCAUGGCGAAAUUGCUUUUCCUUCAGUGUUACAAGUUUCUCUCGUUCAGAAAGCUGCGUGCCCAGUAGGAGAUGUUUUCGAUGUCAAGGAAAGUCGAUGCGUCAGCGCUCAAGUCUGCGGAGUUCCGAUAUCAGUCCUUGCCAUUAACAAUCCGACUUCUCCCAUCACGACGCCCUUGAACAACAUCGAAGCCCCUCUAACUGUCGCGCCUGGAGCCAGCUCAACGAGUUCCUGGGAAGUCGCCGAAAGUUCCACUGGAGCACCGGCCUCAGCUUCUGAAGAUUUGCGAACGACAGCAAGCGCUAGUGUCGACGGCUACGAGUCCACUACCACGACUCCUGUCGAAACCAACACUUAUCUUCAUCAAGAGACCUCAUCACAAGAAACUGGCUUCCAGUCUUCUACUUCGACUGAUAUUUCUUUGGUUUCAAUUAGGGAAGGUUUGUAAUCUUUCCAUUUGUUUCAGGUGAUUUUUCGGGUUCACAGAAGCCCUGAAAAAAAAAAUGAACUGAAAGUUAUCGGGGGGAAAAUGUUCACAAAAAGAUCUUCUGCAAAAAUUUCUUGUCAUCGUUUUUUCCACCAUACUUAAAUUUCAUAAUGAAUUUAGAAAAAAUGAGUCCUAAAACGAUAUAUCACAAUAGCCGAGUUUCAAUCGUAAAUUUUCCGUGCAAACUCAAAAUUCUGAAAUUAUUUGGCCAUUUUCUGAAAAGUUUUCAAAUUCGCGCGUGAAAUCUCGCGCUCCGUGAAAAUUCAUUUAUUGCAAUAUAUUGUUGUUAGGACCCGUUUUUUUUUCUUAAGGCGCUCCACAAGUUUUACUUCUGAUUAUUUCCGGAAAUCAUUUUAAACAAAAAUUGAUCAAUUUUCAAGUUCGCCGUAAUAACUUUGAGCACGGCAUGAAUCUUCCCAUCGGCCGCUGAUUCAUUCUUAGUUUCAUCCGUUAUCUCUUUCACAUUGACUUAAUGUACAUUAUUCAAUUGUAGGUUACUUCACUUCUUUUUGUGAAACCUUGGAAUUCACACGCUUAAGCAUCGUUUCUUUCAGACUCUCCGACACAACACAACAUCUGCGCGAAUGUCCCGGACGGUCCUAUCGCAAUAAGGAAGUGCUCUGAAGAAUUCGUUCAUUGCACAAACGGCUAUGCUGUCCGUCAGGUUACUUUCUCCCACUUUUUUUUUUUGAAAAUCAUAAUUUUUGAUUCAUUCAGAAGUGUCCAGCUGGACUAGUAUUUGAUGACUCUCGAGCCCUGUGCGACUAUAAGUAUAAAACUGGCGGAUGUAAGCUGUAGAAACAGGUUUAUCUGGGAAAGAAAAAACCUAUUUCAAGGUGGCGUGGUCGAAGUCGUUGCCACAGACACCGUCGUACCUCAGCCGGGUCACAAUCCCUGUGCUGGAAAGCCCGAUGGAAUCUACGCAGAGAGUUGCUCUAAGUCAUACGCCUCGUGCUACGGUGGUCAGGUUUCUUCAAUUUCCAACUGCCCUCCGCAACUACGGUUCAACACGGCCACUUCUUCGUGCUCUCUUCCUGCUGAAAAUUCCGCCUGCAGCGCUUAUCAAGGUUUACUUCUGCCCGACUUGUUGAGAUUAUCAGCAAAUGAAUUUCGAGUUUAAUUUCCUUUGCUUUUAUUCUUUUAAAUUUUCACACAUGCGUUAGUAAUAAUCUCGAAGCCAAAAAACAUCAAAUUUGUUAUAAUUCACGACCUUCUGAAAGUCAAGCAAUAAAAUAAAGUUUGAUAAUUAACAAUAUCCUUCACAGCUUGUAGAAGUUAGAUUUUUAGAACAAGAAGAACGCAACGUCACCUUGGGCUCUAUAGUCUCUGGAUCGACAGCAGGCGGACCUCAAAACUACAGCUCCACUUAUUCUUCCAGCUCUGACAAUAACUACCAGAGCUCCACUCCUUCAAGCUACAAGGAAACCAUGGGAUCUAUUGUCGAAGAGAGAGAAGAAGUUGAGAAUCUCUCUGAAGGCGAAGAAUCAUCAGCGACCCCUCUUGACGAUGAAGCGGCAAGUUUAUUUCAGCUGACCCACAAAAACGCUGAGCUUCAGGACUCCAAAUGCACUCCUGGAACAACUUCAGCUCUUGGCUUCUGCUUCAGAGCGUACUUGCGCUGCACUCCGAAAAAUGUCUUUUCCCUUGCACAGUGCCCGAUGGGCAAGAAUUUCGACGAAACGACGCUCAGAUGCGUUCUUUUCGAAAAAUGCGGAAAAGUUGUUCGGCAUCAAGUCUUUCACAGACAUAUUACGUUGGAAAACUGGAAAUUACAGGAGGCUUCGACUCGUCCAACUCUACAAGAUCGCGCCUGCACUCGUUUGCCCGACAACGCUACGGUUUCUCUCGGAGUUUGCCGCUCGUCCUAUAGCAAGUGUCUGCAAGGGAAGCCCUACAAGCAGUACUGCUACCACGCAGAGGUAUCAAUUGGAAUUGGCUCGAGUCGCAGUGUUUUAGGUCUACUCGGAUGAGCAGAAGAAGUGUGUGAGUCGGGAAGCAGCCUAUUGCAAGGAGCCCUCUCCUACCGUUGUUCAUGUGCCGCGCUACUCAGAGUCCCACAACACGGGAGAUGGCUUCUGCCGUCACAAGCGCGAUGGUCUCUACAGAAACCCCGGGGAUUGCUCCGGCAUUCUUCACGUAUACCCUGAAGUCUUUUUUAUAAAUUUUUUUUUGGUUUAGUGCUUCGGUGGGGAUGUUUUUGAAUAUCCAAGUUGCCCGGUGGCACUGUCGUUCAACGAAAAAACCGGCAAAUGCGACUACAAACACAACGUCGAAGGCUGCUCUGCUGGAGAAGAAGGUUAGUUUCAACUUCUUUCAAACUAGACGACCCGCUUGUCAUCUCGAAAGUGUGUUUUGAUUAUUCUUGUUGUUCGUGAUAUUUCAGUCGCAGAAGAAAAAGCUCAUUUUUGCCGGCUAGCUUCUUUCAAAUAGACUGUAAACGAAUAUAUUUUAAUAUCCCGUUCUCAAAUCUAAUUAUUUUUCACAUUUUAUUUGAAUGAACUGCUGCAGAAGAAUGCUCUCGGCAUGGUGCUUUCAUUGCCGAUCCGGAAGACUGCUCGACGUUCUACCGUUGCGUCUGGGGACGACGCGUCCAGAUGACGUGUCCAUCCGGAACACUUUUCAAUCCUUCUCUCUCUGUGUGCGAUUGGCCUUCGGAAGUGAAGUCGUGCUCCAAAUCUCUCCACUAA